AUGAGCUCCACAAACUUCGCUGCUGCUCAAGAACGAGUCCUUGAACGCCGUCGCGCGCGCGAGGCCGAUUCUCGCGCCCGGCUGGCGGAACAGCAGCGGGCGUCACCGCUGAAUCAUCCAACGCUGAACCGACUGCCUUACCCAUUGAACAAAUUACCACAAUCAGGCUUCACAUUAUGGAAUUCUAUCAAGGGUCGAGAAGGAAACAGGCCGGCGUUUCGUGUGGGUCAGGUUGAUGCCGAGUUACUUGACGAAGAACUCCUGGGUUUGCUGAAGAACCAAGUGGGCGAUGCUUUGAAAUACUUCGGGCCUCAACUACGAGAAGACUGGUCUCACGAGAUCCAAUUUGUUCUCCGUGCACUACUUUUCAAGCUCUCGAUAUGGGAUCAUAAUGCCUCUUAUGGUGCUGCAUUACAGGGGUUGCGAUACGUCGACUGCCGCAGCAAAGGACCCGUUCAUUCGACGCCUACAAGAUGGCAAAAGACUAUUUAUGGACUACUCACUGUCGGUGGUCGAUACGCCUGGGAAAAGUGGGAAAGUUGGCUGAUCAACCAAGAAGGUGGCUAUGAAGAGCCAUCCCGCGAGGUCCGAAUGUUAUCACGCAUGACGGAUCUAAUUUCCACCACACACUCGAUUGCAGCUUUCACCUCGUUCCUCGUCUUUCUCGUGAACGGCCGAUACCGGACAUUGGUCGAUCGUAUCCUUCGCAUACGCCUCACCCCUCCCUCGGCCCAGUCGGCCCGCGAGGUCUCCUUUGAAUACCUGAACCGGCAACUUGUCUGGCACGCCUUCACCGAAUUCCUUCUUUUCCUGCUGCCCCUUGUGGGGAUCAGUCGCUGGCGGCGAUGGCUAUCCAGAGUCUGGCGGAAAAUGAUAUCCGCGAUCCGGUCGAGCGGUGAUGACGAUGAGCCGGUGGAGAAGCAGGGAGAACUGGCAUAUCUUCCCGAGCGGACAUGUGCCAUUUGUUACAAAGAUCAGAACCCUACGUCUACGUCAGAGAACGAAGUCAUGGCUGCAUCGUCGGGAGGAAUAGUCGGAUCCGCACAGACGGAUAUCACAAACCCCUACGAGACGAUACCCUGUGGCUGCAUAUACUGCUUCGUUUGUCUAGUGCAAAAGGUGGAGGGUGAAGAGGGAGAAGGCUGGGUUUGUCUCCGCUGCGGUGAGAUUGUCAAAAGGUGUCAGCCAUGGAACGGUGACGUUCUUGAAGAGGCUCGGACACAUUCGACGUCUGGAAAGAUUGUUGGAUUUGCUAUAGAUGAGGAAGCUGAUGCACGUGAUGUCAGUUCUGAAAAGGCGAAUGACAAUCCGUCUGGCGACUCAGAACAAAUGCAAGAUGUCAAACACGAUGAGGCGUUGGAGCAUUCUAGCCAGUGGUCCAAAAUCGACAAGGAGUCCGAGGACGAAGCGGAGGCUGAGCCAGAUGAAGAGAACCAAGAAACCGAGCGAGACACAGCUUAG